CAUGGAUGGUUAUUUAUACGGAGCGUAGAAGAGUCACCCAGCUCCUCAGUAAACAACUUUUUUUUUUCUUUUUCGAGCCAAAACUAAACCCACAUUUUUGAAUCAGAGAUGCCGCUUCCUAUCGACAAAUAUCUGGCUUUUGGCAGCUUGUUAACAGCUAUCAAGUCAGGUUGGGAGCUUUCUCGCAUGAUUACCAAAAAGCUCGAAGACAUCGAACUGAACAAGCUAGUGACCAAUGCAAGCCGAAGCCUCAGAUCUGCCUUUAACUCUGGCUGCAUUAGUCACUACGAGUACUACAAAUACAAGGAAUUGAUCGCGUUUGCCGAGGCCCAGGAAGAUGUGAGGCAAUUGCUUAACAUCAGGAAUAAAUUGGCGAGGCUCCGUGCAUCCUCAGAUGCAUGAUUAGGCACAAAAGCAAGUUUUAUUGGUCCGGUAUUCAAUCGGAUAUCUACUAGAAUGAAAUAUCUUUAGAUCAAAACACUUUUCCAAUUCUCGAAGCAUCCUGAAUUAUUUUAAUGAACUCCUUGAUAAUAAUGUAAUGAU